AUGCCGGAUGAGGUGGUGGACAAGAGAUCAGCGGCGUACAACCAAGACAAAAUAUUCAUCCACGGUGCAAAAGAGAGCGCGGCAAAUGCUUACAAGAAGCAAUUCCACGCAGACUUUGGCAAGUUCCUUAGAUCAAGAUCCAUUGAGAUUAAAAGAGGUGGAUCAAUGUUCUUCAUCUGUUUGGAAAGGACCUCAGAUGAUCCAACAGACCAAGAUGGAGCAGGCAUCCUUUACGGGACGGAUUUUGAAGGCGCCAGGGAUGAUCUUGUCCAAGAGGGCUUAAUAACGAAGGAGAAGCGUGAAGAUUUCAACAUUCCUCUUUAUGCUGCCAGUCUCAAAGAAUUCAAGGAAGUGGUGGAAAUAGAGGGCUCAUUUGUGAUUAACAAGCUGGAAUUGUUCAGAGAAGGAAUCGCUUCCUCGAAUCACAACCCCGAUAAUGCGGCUGAGGCGGGCCGGGCCUUCGCCAAUGGUUGCAGGAGCGUUACCAAUGUCCUAGUUGCGGCCCAAAUCGGCCAGCAGCUGAGUGAAGAGCUAUUCUCCCGGGUUGCGCGCGGAGCUGCAAGUCGAGCGGAAGUAAAUCAAAAGCGUAUCUCGAUUCCACAUAUUGUUGCUUCCCUCUCUUUGGGUUAG